AUGGAUGAGACCAACCCAAAGAAGAGAGCUCAGCCUUCUACCACCACAGGCCAGUCUGAUGAGCCGACAAUGGUAGUUACUGAGACAGCUGACAUUCCAUCCACCUCUGCUGAGCCCUCUUCCAGUGAUGCUGCUAUGCCUCUGCCAUCAUCUUCAUCUCCUACCAUAGCUUGCAGGGCAUCUCUUGCUCUAGCUCCAAGGCCAGUGCCUAUGCCUACAGCUCCAUUAUCUACUCUGCCAGUCUCCCAGACAUUGUCCGCCCUAGAUCCAUCAACACCAUCUGCACCGGUUGCACCAGCUAGCCAGUCUAAGGAGCCAGACCUUGCUGCCGACACUGCUGAGGCAGUGCGUGUGAUGUUUACCACUCCCGCCACACCUAGAUUUGAUGAUGAUGAGAUAUAG